AAGAUGUCGGAGCCCGUAGUGGCUUAUUUCUACGACCCAGAGGUGGGAAAUUUCCAUUAUGGUCCUGGCCAUCCAAUGAAACCACAUCGUCUCUCACUGACACACAGUCUUGUUCUCCAUUAUGGCAUGUACAAGAAAUUACAGGUUUACAGGCCAUACAAAGCCUCUAGUCAUGAUAUGUGUAGGUUUCACUCUGAUGAUUACAUAGACUUCCUACAGAGACUCACCCCACAGAACGUGGGGGCCUUCACCAAGAGUCUUAGUUUAUUCAAUGUUGGCGAUGAUUGUCCUGUGUUUGAAGGAAUGUAUGAUUUCUGUGCCCGUUAUACAGGGGCGUCCCUAGAAGGUGCAAUAAAACUCAACAACAAACAUGCUGAUAUAGCAAUAAAUUGGUCAGGUGGUCUUCACCAUGCCAAGAAGUUUGAGGCAUCAGGAUUCUGUUACGUCAAUGAUAUUGUCAUUGCAAUAUUAGAAUUGCUCAAGCAUCACCAGCGUGUGUUAUACAUAGAUAUAGACAUUCACCAUGGUGAUGGUGUACAAGAGGCCUUUUAUCUGACCGAUCGUGUCAUGACUGUUUCAUUCCACAAAUAUGGCAACUACUUCUUUCCUGGCACAGGUGACAUGUACGAGAUUGGCUCUGAAAGUGGGCGCUACUACUCAGUCAAUGUUCCAUUAAAAGAGGGGAUUGAUGAUGCAACAUACAUGUCUAUAUUCAAGCCUGUUAUUCUCAGUGUAAUAGAGCACUACCAACCCUCAGCAAUUGUGCUGCAGUGUGGCGCUGACUCCCUGGGUGGAGAUAGGCUUGGGUGCUUCAAUCUCAGUGUCAAAGGUCACGGUGACUGUGUAAAGAUGGUGAAGGAUCUAGGCCUACCUCUAUUGGUGCUGGGUGGGGGAGGUUACACGGUGAAAAAUGUUGCUCGCUGCUGGGCCAGCGAAACUGCUGUCUUGAUUAAUGAAGAUGUCAACAAUGAAUUGCCAAUGAAUGAAUAUCUGGAAUAUUUUGCACCUGACUUCUCCCUUCACCCCGACAUACUAACAAAAAUAGAAAAUCUCAACACUAAACAGUAUCUAGACAGUGUUAAACAGACUGUACAGGAACACCUCAGGUGUUUAGACCAUGCUCCUAGUGUUCAAAUACAGGAUGUUCCCCCAGAUCUACUCAGUAUAGAGAACUUAAAUGAAGGAGAUCCUGACAUUAGGAACAAUGUUGAAGACAGUGACGAAAGGAUUGAUGCUGCCAAUGAAUAUUAUGAUGGAGAUAAAGACAAUGAUAAAGAGAAUGAAGGAUUCUUAGAUGUGUGACCAACAUGAAGUGCAACAUUUAAUAUUAUCAGAACCCACCAAGACAUAAUUCUAAAUAAAAAAUCAACUUUUGUUGAAUUUUCUGAGUGAAAGGAUAAUUAAAUGUGUUGGUAUUUCAAAAGUGACAAUGUGGGCCAAAGAUCACAAAGUUCCACCCAUCUUUGCAUUUAUAGUUUAUCAGGAGUGAUCGGUAUUGUCAAUGUGUGUGUGUUAACAGGUAAUUCUGACAGACAAUAUGAGGCUCAUUAUUGAGAUUAUAGGUAGUAAUUAAACUGACUAGAACGGUCUAAGAUGUGUAAUUUGAAAUUCCACCAUUUGGAGAUUUUCUUGCAGUGUACAUGUUUGAAUAUUUACAACAAAAUUAUGAUUUUGAUUUCUUAUUUGAACCCUGCUUGUGUGAAUAAUUUGUGAUCCCCAGGAUUUUUGGGUGCAAAAUCCUCAUUUUCAAACUUCAUAUUUUCCAAGAUUUUUCACAAUUUCAAGUGUGUAGAAAUUGAUGGAUGCAUCUCCUCAAGAUCUCAAAUGGGUGCAACACCCACUUACUUUACACGAUGUGCAUGGACAAUUGUACUGGAAGCCUUCAGCAGAACUGGUUUACAUCAUGUAUGACAUAAUGAAAAUUGUCAUUGGAUUAUUAGCAGAUGAGUGCUAGACUCGGUUUUCACUUUUUAUAAGUCUUCUUGUUUUAAGAUUGUUUUAGGGAGUGUGGGUUGGAGAAAUAUAAAAGCUCACAGAAAGAUAAUCUUCUCAUUAUACACGUACAUUUCCAAAAUAUUGUCAGUGUAGCUGACCAUUUUAUACUUUUAUGAGAAAAAUGGUAACAAGGUUGUAGAUGUAUUUUUGUAUAUAAAAAUGUAUAAAUAUUGUAGAUAUUGUACUUUAUGUCUAGAUAUAUGUAUAGAAAUAUAGGGAUGUGCAUGCAUACAUAUUGAAA